UCUUUUUUCCUUCACAAAAAUCAAAACAGAUAAAUAAAAAGAAGUGAAAAACCAGAGAAGGCAACCAAUGGCGACGUUGGCUACUGUGGGAAGUAGUUCAGUUCUUCGGUUCAACAAAACAGAGCCUCUAAAGACGAACCCAUCUUCACCAUUUCUUGGUUUCGUUACUUCCCAACUCAGCGGCAUCAAAAUCUCUUGCAACCUCCCUGUCGUGGUGGCGCCUUUAAAACCCAUAUCUUCCCCUUUCACUCCUGCUCUCCUGCCUGUUGCUCGUAGGAUAUGCCCUUUCACCGGCAAGAAAGCGAACAAAGCCAACAAAGUUUCGUUCUCAAAUCACAAGACAAAGAAAUUACAGUUUGUCAACCUCCAAUACAAGAAGGUUUGGUGGGAAGCCGGUAAACGCUAUGUAAAAUUGCGUUUAUCGACCAAGGCGUUGAAGACCAUUGAGAAGAACGGAUUGGAUGCUGUUGCUAAGAAGGCUGGGAUAGAUCUUCGCAAGGAAUGAUCAAAGAAAAAAAGUACUAAAUCUUUUAGAUUUCCAGUUUUAGUUUUGCAGAAACCAUUUUCCCCAGAAAACAACACUAUUUGGUAAAACAUUUGGUUAAUUUAUGUAACUCUUUUUAGCUUGAUAUGUUAUCUGAAUUCGAAA